AUGAGUAGCGACGCCGGCAGAGCCAUUGCAGCCCCAGCGCUGGAUUCUAUCUCAGAUCGCUUCCACUCCGCCGUCGCCGUCGACGGCGGUAAGCCCGGCUCGAAGGAGCUCGAUUUGGGCUCCCCGGUUUCCCCUCUAAGGGAUGGGGACACCUCCGCCGGCGUCACCAUCACCAGCAGCAGCUCCAGCUCCUCCGGGUCAAUCACGGGAAGAACUGGCCCCAACGCCGUCGGGAGGAAGUUCGACGGCAAGAGUCACUCAGGGGAGAUUCUGGGCUCCAGCGGCAGCAGCCCUGCGGGCGCCGACGGCGCCGGAUCGGGGGGUUCGAGCAAUUGGAAGCCCGGGCAUCGCAGGACAGGAUCCGGUCCGUUCAUCUUCUCCGGCGGCGGCGGCGGUGGCGCCUGCUCCGCCACCUCCCCAGCCGCCAAUGUCCUUCCGGCGGGCAACAUUUGCCCGUCGGGUAGAAUUGGGAAGACGGGCAUGAUAAGCCGGAGCUCGGCGAGGAGUGACGUGCUGGGCUCGGGCACCGGCAACUACGGGCACGGCAGCAUUAUGCGUGGCGGCGCCGCCGCCGGAAGGCCGCCGCCGGAAUCCAUGUCGUUGCAGGGGAGCACAGAUUCAGUGAAGAGGGCCAUGGCGAGUAUGGAUCCGGAGGAAGUGAAGAGGACCGGCAACGAGCAGUACAAGCGUGGCCACUUCGGCGACGCCCUGAAGCUCUACGACAGGGCCAUCUCCAUGUGCCCUGGUAAUGCUUCCUGCCAUAGCAACCGAGCGGCGGCUCUGAUUGCGACGGGGAGGCUGACCGAAGCUGUCAGGGAGUGCGAGGAGGCCGUGCGGCUGGAUCCGACCUACUGGCGGGCUCACCAGAGGUUGGCGUCUCUGUAUCUCAGGUGAAGACGAUCUUCUUCUGUGAACAUGAUCCCCCUGAUCAUAUCUCCUCUCCACCGAUCUCAUGGUAUAGUUUCUUUUUUUCUUCUAGCUCAAUGGUAAUGUUAGAAAGAAAUCCUCUCCGGGAGUUGCAGAGAAGGCUUCUCCGGAUAAUCGAGCGAAAGAAAAAAAAACAGUUUCUGAAUGAUAUCAUAUCAUCUCCUAAUUUCUUAUCAUUCCUUUGAAUCAAAGGACCCAUUUUUAUUCCGAUUUUUGUAAAAAAUAAUUACCCAGAGCGCGAUUGAUCGCAUAUCGAGUACUCAUGAACUUCUGCAAUCUAAUUCUCUCCCAGGUUAGGGCAGGUCGAGGAAGCUCAGAAGCAUAUCUUCUCUUCUGGGCAGCAGCUCGAUCACGCCGAAUCGCAGAAGCUCCAGGCCAUCGAGCGGCACCUGGGCAGAUGCGCGAGUGCCAGGAAGAUCGGAGACUGGAAGAACGCCCUGCGGGAAACCGGUGCUGCCAUUGCAGCAGGGGCCGAUUCCUCCACUCUGGUGACCCUCCUCGACCUCUCAAGAACCUCAAACUCCUGCGCAGAGAAACUGCCCAUCUCGGUUCUAAUCAUCCCUCCAAUGCUUCAGCUCCUGGCAUCAAAAGCAGAAGCCCUUCUCCAGCUCCACCGGCUCAAGGAAGCCGAUUCGGUCUUAUCGACCACCUCCAAGCUCGAGACGGCCCCCACCUCAUCCACGCAGACGACGUUCGGCAUGCUCUCAAGCUCGUAUUUUUACAUCGUCCGAGCCCAAGUGGAGAUGGCCAUGGGAAGGUGAGAGCCUUCUCGAUCAUAAUUCUUCAUUUCUAGGAUCACUGGUACUGUAAAAAUUAGCCAAUUGGGGUACCUUUCUCGGCGGGGAGUUCUUACGGGUUGUGUGGGGAUGGAUGUUCGGCAGGUUCGAGAGCGCGGUGGCCUGCGCCGAGAGGGCGGCGCAGCUGGACCCGCAGAGCGCAGAGGUGGCGGCGGUGCUCGGGAAUGUGAAGUCGGUUGUGAGGGCUCGGUCAAGGGGGAACGAGCUGUUCAACUCGGGGAGGUUCACAGAGGCGUCGGUCGCCUACGGGGAGGGCCUCAAGGUUGACCCUUCGAACCCUGUGCUCUACUGCAACAGGGCGGCCUGCUGGUCAAAGCUGGGGCAGUGGGAGAAGUCAAUAGAGGACUGUGACGAGGCUCUGAUCAUCCACCCCAAUUACACGAAGGCGCUCCUUCGGCGAGCCGCCUCCAAUGCCAAGGUGAGCAAGCUCUCUGUAUGCCCACUUGUUUGGGGCGCCGCCAGUGCCAGCGUUGAUCUUGCCAUUGUUGGGAAAUUCCGACCAGCUCGAGCGGUGGGCGGAGGCCGUUCAGGACUACGAGGUGUUGAGGAACGACCUCCCCGGAGACAUUGAGGUGGCAGAAGCGCUCUCCCACGCCCAGAUUUCUCUCAAGAAAUCUCGAGGAGAAGAGGCUUCCAGCUUGAAGUUUGGUGGCAAGGUGGUGGAGAUCUCAGGACCUGAACAAUUUAGAGCCGCCUUGUCGCUACCCGGUGAGCCUCUCUCUCUCUCUCUCUCUCUCUCUCUCUCUCUCUCUCUCUCUCUCUCUCUCUCUCUCUCUCUCUCUCUCUCUCUCUCUCUCUCUCUCUCUCUCCUGUUUCUGUGUUUUUGGGCUUCAGUUUGAUCAAAUCUUGUGAGAUUCAGGGGUCUCGGUGGCUCACUUCGUCUCCGCAUUGAACCAGCAGUGCCUGCAGAUGUCUCCAUUUUUGGACACCUUGAGCACUAAAUAUCCAUCGGUGAAUUUUCUCAAGGUCAGCGACACCUUCUAGUAGAUCAUAUUAGAACGAUCCCGCAUCGAAUGCAUCAAUGAAGCCCAUCGCAAUUCACAGGAAGGAAGCCUGAAUCUUCCUCCGACAGAAGCUAAAAACCCUAAACCGGCGGGCGUUCUGUGUGCUUGACUGUGCAGGUGGAUGUGGACGAGAGCCCGGAGAUCGCCGGGGCCGAGAGCAUAAGGAUAGUGCCGACGUUCAAAAUCUACAGGAAUGGUUCUCGGGUGAAGGAGAUGAUCUGCCCCAGCCGGCAGGUGCUGGAGUGCUCAGUCCGACACUACGGGCUCUAG